AAACGGCCUCCCUUCGGCUGUGCAUCGCGCUAUCUGGCUGGCUCUCUCUCCACAGUCGCGCCGUAGAGGAGAGCGAGAGACGAGCUGCGUCUUGCACCGUAUUAUAUUUAUAUAGACACAGUGCGCGACAGACAUCGUACGGUACCGAGUACUGUGCGCGUUUUCUCUUCUCGAAAAUUAAAAGGAAACAGGCAAUCGCGGGUGUCGGCUCGUGCGUUUAUCGUAAACGCGAGAGACGGACCGAAAUUUUCGUAAUAUACAAGGGGGAGGCUCUCGCUGACAAAGACUCACACGCGCGCGCGCGUGCGAGAGAGAAAGAGCUAUAUAUACACGUAUAUAUACCGAGGGAGAUAGAGAGAAAGGGUCGGCGACUUUGUGUCGUAUAUAUAUAAGCUGCCGCCGCAGAACCGAGUCUCUCUCCGUUAUACAUUAGGUAUAUACAGCAUAUACGGCGAGUGUGUUCGUGCGUGUGUGCUUCUCUCUCCUGCAGUAUAUGUUUGGCAAUAUGGUCAAUAGUGCGAAACUGAAGACCCUCGCAGCGGCUCCAGGAGAGUCAACGUCCGCCCCCGCAACUUCCUGAGCUGCUCUGCUGGACUGACAGUACUCGCGCUCCUUCGCGGCUUGCAUGUUAUAUACAGAGCCUUGCAGGGGGGCAUCGGACCCGAGCAUCGCGCCUACUUAUACACGGAGAUGGGAGGACGUGCAGGGGGCCAAAGUCGAAAGAGUGACAAGAGAUCGUAGGGCCGAUCCGCCGAUGGCUCGCUAGACGUUGCUGGCGACGCCGAGGAAAAUUCGCACCGAUUCCGGGGAGUAUAGGUAUGGAGCUCUCGAGGCUGCUGCAGCACUGAUCCUCGGAGGGACGUUUCUUCGGGAGAGCAGAGAGCCGCUGACGAUUUGUUCUGGAGAUUAUUCAUUGACGCAAGAUGGGCAAGUGCUGCAGCAAACGGCAGGAGCCGCAGCCAAUCGGUAAGAGCGCGGCAUCCGAUAUUUUCGUUUUUAUGCCAGCAGGCUACAAGAAGGCGGAGGUCGCCGGUUUGAACUCGAAGCACAGUAAUGGAGGCUCGCUGGACCGCUACACAGCCGAUCCGAACCAGAGAGGUGCCCAGGCGCGCGCCGACAUCAUCCGGCCCAGGCCGACGCCCUGUAAGCAGCUACAGCUGAUCCAUGCCCAGUCGAUGCCGCAGCAGCCGCCCGGCCGUAAGGCUGUCGGCGGCGGCGGCACCGCAUCGGCUCUUGUUCUACCGUCGUCUGCAUCUCACUCGCAACGGGCGAACAAGAUCGUCGUCGCUCUGUACAAUUACACGGCCCGAGAAAGCACCGACGUGAGCUUCGUCAAGGGCGACCGCAUGGAGGUUCUAGACGACUCUGAGCCCGACUGGUGGAAAGUUCUGCAUUUGACGACUCUCCAGGAGGGCCUCAUACCUUGGAACUUUGUCGCCGUCGAGCGAUCCGUAGAGAGUGAAGAUUGGUUCUUCGAGAACGUGUCUCGCAAAGAGGCUGGCAAACUCCUGCUCGUGGACGAGAACCCUCGAGGCACUUUCCUGGUCAGGCCUAGCGAACACAAUCCGCGUGGCUACAGUCUCUCGGUCAAGGAUUGGGAGGAGGGCCGAGGACACCACGUCAAACACUACAAAAUCAAGCCUCUGGACAAUGGCGGCUUCUUCAUUGCCACUAACCAAACAUUCCCCACCUUGCCCGCCCUCGUUAUGGCGUACAGCAAAAAUGCUUUGGGUCUCUGUCACGUACUGUCCAAACCGUGUCCCAAACCGCAGCCGGACAUGUGGGACUUGGGUCCGGAACUGCGUGACAAGUGGGAGAUCAACCGUAACGAGAUUCAGCUCAUUCGAAAACUUGGACACGGAAACUUCGGCGAGGUCUACUACGGCAAGUGGCGAAACAAGAUCGAGGUAGCCGUCAAGACUCUGAGACCAGGCACUAUGUCGACAGAGGCCUUUCUACAGGAGGCAGCAAUAAUGAAGCAAUUCCGACACCGGCACCUUGUCGCUCUCUAUGCGGUCUGCUCCAAGGAGGAGCCUAUCUACAUAGUCCAGGAAUACAUGUGUAACGGUAGUCUCUUGGACUUUUUGCGAACCGGUGACGGCAAGUACAUGCAGUUCGAGGACCUGAUCUACAUAGCAGCACAGGUUGCCUCGGGUAUGGAACACCUCGAGAGCAAGCAGCUCAUACAUAGGGAUCUGGCAGCGAGGAACGUCUUGAUCGGCGAAAAGAACAAGGCGAAGAUCUGUGAUUUCGGCCUGGCGAGGGUCAUCGAAGACGACGAGUAUUGUCCAAAGCAGGGCAGCAGGUUCCCCGUUAAGUGGACUGCACCCGAAGCCAUCGUUUAUGGACGAUUCAGUAUCAAGAGUGACGUUUGGUCUUACGGUAUUCUACUUAUGGAACUAUUCACCUAUGGACAGGUUCCUUAUCCAGGCAUGCACGGCCGCGAGGUGAUUGAGCAGGUGAACAACGGCUACAGGAUGCUAAAGCCCGUCAAUCACCCGCUACCUGAUAGCAUAUAUCGUCUGAUGCUACAGUGCUGGGACGCGACGCCGGAAAAGCGACCAACCUUCGAGUUCCUUAAUCACUACUUCGAGUCGUUCAACGUGACCAGUGAGAUACCUUACCUCGAGCCUCCAACGGACUGAUACAUGGCCCACCAUGCAACGGCGGGUCACUUAGUGCCACACCACGCUCACUAUCAUCCGCAUAACAUGAACUGUGCCAUGGAAUUUUAUGGUAUUUACUGCUGAACUGCUCCUCCCACUCUCUCUCUCUCUCUCUCUCUCUCUCUCUCUCUCUCUCUCUCACUCCGAUUAGUCCAUUCAAAUUUAUCGAGUCGAAUACUACUGCCACUUGACGAAGGUCUCCUAAUUCAUAAAUUUUCGAUCGCAGUCCUAGUUUUUAAGUUUUUAAAAAAUUCCACGAAAAGAUGUCAUUUUCGUUAUCUCUUAAAAUCUAUGAUUUAGGCUCGUCGAAUUGUUUCUAUCCAUAAUAAUGGAUACCAUUUUUAUCUACGUGACGUUUUAAACACUUUGGCAACAAAAAAUAAUGACGCUACAAAUAAUCAACGAUUAAGAGACCUCAUGUGCCAUAAAUGCGUACAUACAAGCUAUCUUCAUAUUAUAUUAAGUAAAAUGUAUAUGUACGCAGAACUCUACUCAUCGCUCUUUGCGUUUGAAUUCCAAAAUGAAAAAGUCAAAUGGAAGUUAGCAAUAAGAAUCACCAUGACAUCAAAGAGAGAGAGAGAGAGAGAGAGAGAGAGAGAGAGAGAGAGAGAGAGAGAGAGAGGGAGAGAGAGAGAGAGAGAGAGCGAGAGUUUAAAGGGUUAUCACUCUGUAUAAACGAUCUUUUCGAAGUCAUUUUUACGGGAUUUAAAAAUACGAACUCGAAGAGAAGAAAGCGAAUGGAGACAUUUUAGUAGUAAUUUUAACAAAGUAUUUAUAAGAAGUAGAUCUGUUUCGAAUCGACAAUUACACGUAAAAUGCAUUAAACUGUUAGGAUAAAAUAGUUACCGUGUAACUGCAAAUUAGUCUGUUAGAGGCAGUUACAAUUUAUAUGAAAGAAACAAACAAAUUAAUUAAUAUAAGAAUGUGUUGCAUUGCAAGGUGUAAGAGUUAGACUAAAGGAUUUUUCCUAAAUAUUUCAAUCCUGCGACAUAAAAACACUCCGAGAAGUGGACUAUAUUUAUAAAAAUAAAAAUUCGAUAGAGACGAGUAAAUUCAUUCUAAGAAUGGAUAAAUAAUCGUAUGCUGAAACAUUGUAGAAAUCUGUUGAUCAUGUUUGAAUAGGAAAUAAGUCGCGAUAAGCUAAUGCAUUUAUUUAAUACGAAAUACGUAAUAAUGGAUUCAGUAUUCGUGCAGAUAAACUUUUUUUUUUAUUUUCUGUGAUUCCUGACUGCCCAUGAUUUAUAAGAUCAUUGACUCUUCACAAUGAAACUUUGUAGAGCACAAACACUAUUUUAUUAUCCCAAUUCCGAUAACAUUCAUGCGGAUCUCUACUACUCAAGAAAAUACGUUCCCGCUCCUUUAAAAUCUGCAGUUUUCUACUGACAACUAAUAUUUAUUAACUGAUGUUCAAUUUAUUCAUUUUCAAAUUUCAUAACACUUUCCGUGUUAUUUUCUAUAACCUAUAGUUUUUUUCGAAUGACUGCAAUAUUUUGAAUUAGCAAUAAAUACUGAAUGAAACUCAAGGGUUGGCAUGAUAGGCACGAACUAAUACUCUGCAAUUCUUUAAAGUAAAUUCUAUUUUUCUUUAUACACUGUACCGUGCUAAAGAAUGAUAUUUAAACCGACUGUUACGAUUAACAGGUCAUCGCCACGUAAAAAAAGGAAAUCUGUCGAAAGGAAGUUCUAACAAUUCAUAGUAUAAGUUAGUCCGGGAGAUUUAGUAAAAAAACAGUUACUAAUAAAAGUUGUAAGACGUGUAGACGUGAUACUUAAAUCAUGAUAAAAUACGAACGUUCGUUUACUAAGCCAAGUUAAGCUUUAAGCAAUGGAUGUUAUUCGUACAAAAGUAUCCACGACAACAUUGUACAUUUUUUACUCAAAGUACACCUAAAACGCCAUGACAAAACCUAGAGCAAAAGUUAGCACAAAUAUGUUAUCUCUUUGAAAAUUAAGUACGUCCUCUUUAUAUUAUCUAGAUUCAAUCAAAAAUUUCAAAGCUGAUCUUUGAAAAUGCUUGACUUCAGACAGAUUGUAUCACUAGAUAUUAUUGCUGGACAUUGGUAAAAUACUGUACUUAUUUUCAAAAACUACUUAAAUUUCUUAUUAUUGCAAAGCAUAUCGUAAAGAAACAUCUAUAACAUGUUAACAAUGAAUACAGACUUUUUAAUUACGAUGACCUUACUAUUUAGUAAUUAGAACUGCAUCUAUUUUCCAAUAAUAUAUACAAUAUGUUUAUAAAGAUGUAUUUUUUAAAUAAUUUUCAGUGUCCAGCAGUAAUUAUAUUAAAAAUAUAACACGCGCAAACAAAGUUAAUCACUGAUCUACAUGUUAGAGAUGUAUUAACAUUAUUUAGAGUAACGAUAACAGAUAAAAAAAGCUAUUUAAUGCACGCAAGCACGCCGAAUUAUUACAAACGUGUAAGAAAAAAAUGGUAUCGCUUUAUUUUAAAAACAAAAUCUUGGCAUUUGAAUAAAACGAAAUAGUCAAACUAUACGAUCCUUUAUUUUCAAAGGUCUUGACAGAAAUAUCGUAAAGUUUACUAUACGAAUAAAAAAAUGCAAUGAGUUUUAAAAUGAAGCGAUUCGUUUUUUAUUUCAUCAAGUUGAAGGAUUUAGUGGCGUACUUAAAGUACGAAUUUUCUAUGCCAAACAUUUUAUACAACUGAAAUCGAUUAUUUUCAUCUUGUCUUUUUUUCAUUAACUAAGAUUCCCGAUUUUCAACUACUUUAUUUGUUUCUGUUAAUACAUUCUUUUCUUAGAGAAAAUUUAGAAAUGUUUCUAUUUCAAAAGUGAUGAUUAACCAUCUAUAGAUUAAUAUUUAUGAAAGUUUCGUCCACGUUAGAAGACAAAUUUUCCAAAAAUCAAUAAAUUGAAUAGUGUUUUAAAAAA